GCGGGAGGGGGCCGGGCGAAUAACCCAGGGCGACUUUAGCGGCGGGGUCAGUGCCAUGGCGGAGCCGGUGAGGAAACGCGGCCGGCGUUCCCGAGGCGGCGGUGUCGGCCGAGGAACUCGGGGGGCGCGGGGCCGGCGACCUGGCGCCCAGCGGAGUCCAGCCCGGCGCUCCGUGGAGUCGGUGCUUGUGGACUUGGUCAGCGACAGCGAUGAGGAAAUCUUGGAGGUUUCAACGGCGCGGGGCUCAGCGGACCCGGUCGAAGCCCCGCUCCCGGAGUCCCCCGGGCCGGCCGCGCCCCCCGACAGCCGGGACGACAGCGACAGCGACAGUGACAGCGAAGGGGCGGACGCACGGCCGGCAGGAGCCCCUCCGACCGUGGUCAGGCGGCGGCGGCGGCUGCUGCUGGACCCGGGGGAGGCACCGGCGGUUCCAGUGUACUCGGAGAAGGUGAAGAGCAGCCUCCAGCUCCUCCCAGAUCACCUGCCCCUCCUGAAACUCUGCCCCCCGGGGCCUGAGGAAGAGGGCGACAUGGCGGACUCCAGCAGUCCCCAAGCCGAGGAUCUCUCAGGCCCAGACUCGCCCUGGAAGAAGAAGCUGAGGAGCAAGGCUGAAGACGAAAAGGAGAAAAGGACGGCGUCUCUGUCUCAGGACACCUCUCCUUUGCCCUCACCCCUGCCAAGGACCAAGAGCAGAAAACAUACCCGAGCUCUCCAGAAGUUAAGGGAGGUGAACAAGCGCCUCCAGGACCUUCGCUCCUGCCUGAGUCCCAAGCAGCGUCAGGGCCAGGACCAACUGAGCCAAGAUGAUGAGGUGGUCCUUUUGGAGGGACCCAUUCUCCCGAGGAGCCCGCGACGCUUCCAGCUCAAAGUCCGGUGCCGGGCUGACCUGAUCAGAUUGCCCGUCACAAUGUCGGAGCCCCUACAGAGUGUGGUGGACCACAUGGCCACCCAUCUCGGGGUGUCCCCAAGCAGGAUCCUCUUGCUCUUUGGAGAGACAGAGCUGUCCCCUACCGCCACCCCCCGGACCCUAAAGCUUGGAGUGGCUGACAUCAUUGACUGUGUGGUGCUGGCGAGCUCCCCCGAGGCGGCAGAGGCCUCCCACCUGCUCCAGCUGCGUGUGCAGGGGAAGGAGAAGCACCAGACGCUGCAAGUCUCGCUGUCCCGAGAUUCUCCCCUCAAGACCCUCAUGUCCCACUACGAGGAGGCCAUGGGACUCUCCGGCCACAAGCUCUCCUUCUUCUUUGAUGGGACAAAGCUUUCGGGCAAGGAGCUGCCGGCUGAUCUGGGCAUGGAAUCCGGGGACCUCAUUGAGGUCUGGGGCUGAAACCCCGCUCCCUGUUGGGAGACCCUCAUGGGACCCCCACUACUGGACUUGGAGAACAGCUGUCCCCUUUGGCCGUGAAGGGCUAGCCAAAGCUGAGGUAGAACUUAUCUUCAAGCUGAAGCAAAACCGAGGCAUGGUAUUUGACCCUCUCCCGCUCACUUUAGUUUCAAACUGUUAGUGCCCUGGUUUGUUGUGUUUGUCAUUGCUGCCCGGGGUGGACGGUGGCUCCAUUCCCAUGGUGUGCUGAGCUCGGCGACCCCCUGGGACAUUCCCCACCCCCACCUUUUCACUCCCACCAUCACCCUUUCCUUCACUGAACUGCUCAUGUUUGAAGAGGGAGUGGAAAUAAAUGAGGGUUGAGAAUGAGAUUCCAGCCCUGGGACAGCCGUGGCCGUAGUCUCAUUUGGAGGUAGGUGGUGAGGUUUGCUUGCGGCACGGACGCAGGAAAAGAAAUGAUCGAGCUCACGCAGGCAGGAGCUUCCGCGCAGGCAGACGGGGCUACUCUUAAAGGAUCUCGAAGGUUCUCGGUCCUGGAGUCCAGCUCACCCAGGGCCUGCAGAGCCCCGUCCUGAGGCGCACAUUGUUGAGGGCAGAGCUGAGCACAGGAGGCCUUUUGGAUCGCGGGUCCUAGCCAUGCCAGGAUCUCAUGCAAGGCUCUGGUUUCAUCGCUUCUCUCCCCUUCACGCCACCUUCUCCCAUACGCAUCCACUCUGGGAUGUGAUUACAUGUCUUUGCAUAUGAAUUUAUCCUUGUAAAACGCAGUGCUGUACAUGUGAAUAUCCUUAUGUACGUGGUGUGCUGUGAUCUGUGCGGCUCCUUUUCUCACUCAACACGUGUUGCUUGUUUUACAUCGACCUCGUUGCUUUGAACUGCUCUGCGACAUUCCACAGUGGGCGUCAGCGGGGUGUCCCUUACACGUUCACUGGUGGACCCCUCGGUGACUCCAUCCCUAGGUACCUGCAACCCCUUGGCUCAUAGACAAAGCCACGAGGAAUAUCCUGUUGAGUCCCCUUCCACGCUGUGUGGAAAGCUCUCUGGCAUAGACACCCAGGAUGGGACUGGGUCGGGUUCAUUUCUCUAUGGCCUGCCAGAGUUUUCUUCCGAUGGUCGCUGACCCUCCCACUGGACGCUCCCCAUUUCUCCCGCCCUUGCUGGCACUUUGAUUGCCCCGUUUCUCUUUUCGCCAGUCUGAUGGGUAUGAAGUGGCACCAUGUUUUAAUGUACAUUCAUCUCAUUCCAGGAAUUUGGGAAAUUUCUUCAUGUACCUGUCAGCCUUUCUGGUUCCCCUUUCUGUAAGCUGUUCAUUUCUCUCUUUAUUCUCAAGAGUUGCUCAUAUAUUCCUGGGCAGUUGCAGAUAACUCAGAGUGGCACUUGGGUUUAUAUACCUAGGAGUGCCCUUUACUGAAGAGACGUUUUUAAUUUUAAUUUAGGUGAAUGAACUGUUUUUUUAUGUAA